AUGUCUUUAACCCAAGAAGAAGAAUCUGACACAUUCAUCUUAUCUCAAAUUCAUAAUCUAUCAUACGAUGGUAAGAAGAUGCAUUCUUCUUCUGCAAUAACGUUCGUAAUCUCACUCGAAGAGCUAUCAAAAUUCCAUAGCCAUUCCAGAUGCUGUUAUUGUGAAACUCUAUUACAAGGAUUAAAGGGACCUUAUAAAACCAUGCAAUUAAAAGACACACUGGAUGAAAGAAGUAAAAUCGUUUCUUCAAUUCUAGAAGACAUUCAACGACUAUACCAUUUAUAUGGCAACUCAACUUUAAAUGCUUCUAACAAAACUGUUCCCACACAACAUCUAAGACUGCAUUCUAUUAACAACUUGUUUAAAAAUGAUCCCAAGGGACUGAAUGAUACAUCCAAACCUCUGUCAGUCAAAAUACUCUUAUAUUUAAUAUAUAAAAGUUUUUUCAUUUUCAAUCUUUUCCGGUAUCUGUAA